AUGAAGGUGGAUUUCAACUCCACCGCGCCUUUCGUCGACUCAUUGAGCCUACUAUCUGUUGGAUCUACUUCGAUGGAGGAAGAUCUCAACCCAACGAUCGAGGAAGACCCCAACCGGACGAUCAUCACGGUCACAAAUGUAGAGUACACCAUCGGAGAUGCAAUGCGGUACACUGAGUCUAUAAUGGAUCUACGUCGCAUCCUCGCUGAGCACAACAAAGACCGCGAGGACAUCUUGGACAGAAUCGAAUUAGAAAAUCUCCAAUCCAGCCGACAACACCCAGUGCUCGCUAAGCAGCGUAGUGGUGAACACCCGUCGUCGUCGUGGCUUCACGUCAAGCUGCAAGUGGUGGAGGAGGGCAAGGAACCGUCGUGGACAACCCUAAUCAUGCGGGAUGACAACGUAUACGUAUGUGGCUUCAUGGACCGAAAUGGAAAACUGUACAGGCUUAUCGACAAUAACACCAAAAGCGUAGCCACGAUUCCGACAGGAGACCAUAAUAAUGGUAUCGAAGACCUAAAGUGGACCGUCAGUUACACAUCCUUGCUGGGAGCCACCGAAGAUGAAGUACGCGGUCUUUUACCAGAUAGAAAACUAGAAACACAUAGAAAUGAAGUUGUGCGCAAACUGGUCGAAGCGCGUCUGGGUCGUCGCUUCGCUGUGGAUGCCGUGCGCAGGCUGUCAAGCCCCGAGCACCACCCAGAUGCUGUGGUGGAUGGUAUGAUAAGCGGCAAGUUGGCACUCGGGGGCCUGAUCGUCCUGGUCUGCGAGUCCGCAAGGAUGAAUCCUCUCCACGACUCCUUUGCACGUGGGUGGAGCACCGGCGGGGGAUUCAAGGAGAAACUGAUGCGUGACUAUGUGUGGGACUAUUAUGGGAGGACGUCAGAAAAGCUACGGGAGUGGAAGAGGAAAAACUAUAGGUGGAAAGAGUAUGGUCCCAUUCCGCAUCUACAAGCCAUGCACCUCGUGCUCAACGCAGCUCUACCUAACGAAAAAGGAAAAAAAAUGCUCAAAAAUAAAGAAGGAAGAAAACUAAGAACAAAAGGAGGAGAAAAAGGUAAUGACGCCGGCAGAGCUCCUAGAAAGUCCAAGGAGGCUAGGCAUGCAGCCGGCAACCCUGCUAUGCAUCCCAGGGAGGCCGUUGACGCUGACAGCGGCGGUGGCUCUGCUAGCCAAACCGAGGAGGAUGGUGACGGCGGCCCUAGCCGAGGAAACAGCGAUAGCCAACCCUGGGAGGUUGACAGUGACUACACCAGUGGGGAAGACGGUGACCACACCAGUGGGGAAGACACCGGCGAGGCUGACGACACCCUGGGCCAUGGCCGACCCCUGGUGGAGCUGUUGGCCGUGCAUGCCAAUCUUAGUGUCGUUGACACGAAAAUCAUCGUCUUCGACGGGAAACGUGGCCAGAUCAUCUACAAGCACGCGAAGCAAGGAGAAGAGGUCGGACGAAUGGUGGAUUUGGUGCUGACUGGACCCUACAGAGGCAUCUCAGCGUACGGGAGCUUCACCAUCAAAGUUGACAUCCCAGACGCCGAUCCCGCCAGAUUCGAAUGGGAUUGCUAUGACACCCGUAACGCCGACGAAGUGGAUGCCGAGGAACCCUCCGACGGCGAGAUCAGAGAUCCGAACGACAACCGCAAGGUAUUAGCAAAUGUCACCUACGCGGUGAUGUCCAACGCCCUGGAGGCCACUGUCCACAAUGUCAUGCUGAGGCUCAAGGAUGAUGGGCACACUCUCAAUGACGUCCAUGGUGAAAUCAAAGCGCGCAUCGAUGGUUUCAAAGUCGGUAGCAUCCUAUUCAAACCGACACAAGGGGCAGGUCAGUGUUUCUCCCCCGCCGGCGACUCGUGGUUCCUUCUUCAGCUGGCGAGGAAUGUGGUUGCGGUGCCAUGUGGUAAGGUGCUCCACAUAGAGGUGGACCUGAAGACGGAAGCUUCCAACGACCAGGGGCCCAUGCCUUUGGAAGUUAAUCUCAAAUUUGACAAUGGAACUUUGAGUCAAAGUAGCCUAGACGACAACGGCAACGAAGUUAAAGUGGACAUCGCCUGGUACCCGGAGAUCUCACGACCAAGUCACCCACUGGAGCAAACCAUUGGAGAGGUUGGCGCGCAGGAAUUUAUUACUGCUCUUCCAGAACCAAGUGACCCGGAGGCUGAAAUGGAUCCGGCACGACCAGGUCACGGACCAGAGAAAACCAGUGUUGGUAUUGGCGAGGACGAAGCAACUCAAAAAUGGGAGACAGAAACAUCUACCGCACUUCAAGGUCACCUAGCGAAGCAAACCGGCGAGGAGGAAAGUACUUCUGCUGAAUCAAGUUACCCAGUGGAGGUCACAAAUGUAGAGUACACCAUCGGAGAUGCAACGUCGUUCACUGAGUUUAUAAUGGUUCUACGUCGCAUCCUCGCUGACCACAACAAAGACCGCGAGGACAAAUUCCCAUUAAUAAAUCUCUCCAGCCGACAACGACAACCAGUGCUCGCUAAGCUGCAUGGUGAACCGUCGUGGCUUCAUGUCAAGCUGCAAGUGGUGGAGGAGGGCGAGCAGGAACCGUCGUCGUCGACAACCCUAAUCAUGCGGGUUGACAGCUCAUACGUAUGUGGCUUCAUGGACCGAAAUGGAAAAUUGUACAGGCUUAUCGACGAGAAAACCAAAAGCGAACCCAUGAUUCCGAGAGGAGACCAUAAUGAUAUCGAAGACCUAGGGUGGCCCGUCAAUUACACAUCCUUGCUGGGAGCCACCGGCGAUGAAGUCGGUCAUCUUACAAAACAAGAACAAAUAGAAAGACAUAGAAAUGAAGCUGUGCGCAAACUGGCCUGCGCGCAUCUGGAUCGUGACUUCGCUGUGGAUGCCGUGCGCAGGCUGUCAAGCCCCGAGCACCACCCAGAUGAGGAUGUGCCUGGUAUGAUAAGCGGCAAGCUGGCACUGGGGGGCCUGAUCUUCCUGGUCUGCGAGUCCGCAAGGACGAAUCCUCUCCACGACUCCUUUGCACGUGGGUGGAGCACCGGCGACGGAUUCAGUGAUGAGGAACUGAUGCGUAAAUAUGUGUGGCGCUAUGGCCGACCCCUGGUGGAGCUGCUGGCCGUGCGUGCCGACCUUGGGGUCGUUGGCACGAAAAUCAUCGUCUUCGACGGGAAACGUGGCCAGAUCAUCUACAGUCACGCGAAGCAAGGAGAAGAGGGACGAAUGGUGGAUUUGGUGCUGACUGGACCCUACAGAGGCAUCUCAGCGUACGCGAGCUUCACCAUCAAAGUUGACACCCCAAACGCCGAUCCCGCCAGAUUCGAAUGGGAUUGCUAUGACACCCGUAACGCCGACGAAGUGGAUGCCGUGAACCCCUCCUACGGCGAGAUCAAAGAUAAGGACGGCAAGCUACUAGCAGAGGUCACCUACGCGGUGAUGUCCGACGCCCUGGAGGCCACUGUGCAGCAGGUCAUGCUGAGGCUCAAGGAUGGGCACACUCUCAAUGACGUCCAUGGUGAAAUCAAAGCGCGCAUCGAUGGUUUCGAAGUCGGUAGCAUCCUAUUCAACCCGACACAAGGUGCAGGUAAGUGUUUCUCCCCCGCCGGGGACUCGUGGUUCCUUCUUCAGCUGGCGAGGAAUGUGGUUGCGGUGCCAUGUGGUAAGGUGCUCCACAUAGAGGUGAACCUGAAGACGGAAACUUCCAACGGCCAGGGGCUCAUGCCUUUGCAAUUGCAAGUUGCUCUCAAAUUUGACAAUGGAACUUUGAGUCAAAGUAGCCUAGACGACAACGGCAACGAAGUUAAAGUGGACAUCGACUGGUACUCGGAGGUCAAAGAGAUGUCUAGGAAUGUACUGGAAGUAACGUUCCCCAUCGAAGAUGUAGCGACAUUCGAGAGAUCCAUAACGACACUACGUCGCACUCUAGCCAACAACCCAGACAGCGGGGAUAUCUUGGAUAGCCUCCCCUCCACGCUGCAAGAACACCCACUGCUCGCCAGGAAUUGUCGUGCGAGGUGGCUUCGCAUCAAGCUUCAAGUGGCGGGUGAGGAAGGAAUGUCGUCGGCAACCCUAUUUGUUCAGGACAACAAUUUGUACUGCCUGGGCUUCAUGAACCAGAACGAAGUUUGUUACGAGCUUAGCAAUCCAAGAGACUGGAAGCUCCCAUCACAAUACAACGCAGUACCUCUAGACUGGGGCCUCACGUACGAGAGCAUACUGAACGUCAGAGAUGAGGAAGUCGAGGGAAGACUGGAUUCAAUGAGGCUGGGCAAGACUUUCGCGGCCGACGCCGUGCGCGUGCUGUCGCGCUUCUCUCCAGAUGAGGCGGAUGGUGACGACGCCAGUGCUAGGCGGGCACUGGCAGGCCUGAUCGUCAUGGUAUGCGAGUCCGCAAGGAUGAAUCCUCUCCACAAGACGAUUGCAGAUGGCUGGAACACCGGCGCGCGAUUCACCAAGCGACUGAUGGCCUACAUAGAGCAUUGGGAGCUCAUAUCGAUAGCUCUGCUGGACUGGAAGGAUGAAAGGUACGGCAUAUGGACCAUGGACCCGAAACUAGCGGACAUCACCGGAGUCAAGGGCCCAACGGAUGCACUAGACGUCAUCCACCUCGUGCGCAACUACACGGUCGAGGAGAGGGAACUACUGCCCAAGCAUAUGUACGAGAGCUCUUGAUGUCGCCGCGCCACAUCAGUAUGUUUGUUUCCCCUUUUGAUCAUUUUCGUGCCCGGCGAACUCUUGUGUGCCGUGUCGCCGUGACUCCUUGUUUUUAGUUCUCUCUCAGUUUUUUUGUUCCGUUUGUGUCAUUUAUAUAACUCCAGUGUUAUAGCUUGUUAGGGUGUAGAGGGCUCCCUUGUACCAUGUUCUCCCUCAUGUUUGUAACGUCAACUAUAUAUGUGAUGUU